AUGCCCACAAAUACCGACUUUGCCUUUGACAAGGCUUCCGAGAGGUUGACUACACUGUCUGUGUCCAUUCUCGUUGCAGCUUGCGCAGGCACCAACUAUAAGGUCUUCUCGGCAUAUGGCCCGCAGCUCGCCUCACAGCUGCAUAUCGAGCAAACACGCUUGAAUCUCAUCGGUCUCGCGGGCAAUGUUGGCGUGUACUCAAGCUCACCGAUAUGGGGCAGGAUCGUUGACGCGCGUGGUCCCCGUAUCCCGCUGGCCGGUGCUUUCAUCCUUCUCUUCCUCGGAUACUCGGGCAUCCGUACUAUCUACAAUGCGGGACCACCCGAAACGGACGAACCUAUAUCGUCUCCCGUGUUCUACGCGCUCGUUCUCUUCAGCUAUCUGACUGGCGCAGGAGGCUGCGCGGCCCUAAACGGUGCAGGGAAUCCGACGACGAAGAGCUUCCCCGACCAAAUGCGUGCUACUGUCACUGGCCUGGUCUUCUCCGGCUUCGGGCUUUCCGCGUUCAUAUUCUCCGCGAUCGCGCACGCAGCGUUUCCCGGCGACACAUCAUCAUUCCUGCUCGUCCUCGCUGUCGGGACGGCGUGCCCGAUGCUGAUAGGCUAUUUCUUCAUCAAGGUGAUCCCAGUGCAGGAGGCCACGAAGGACCAUGACCCUCAGACACCCCUUCUCUCGGGCCAUGUUCCACCGACGAUCACAUCAGAUGUACUUCUCGUGGACGCGGAGCCCAAUGUGUCUGGCUGGGGGCUAUGCCGUAAUGGGGAUUUCUGGGGCUUAUUCCUGCUGUUUUCCAUUUUUGCCGGGACGGGCCUCAUGUUUAUCAACAAUAUAGGAACAAUGGCGCGAAUACUUUACGCCCAUGAAAACACUUCGUUCAAUCCUGUCAUUGCCGCACAAUGGCAAGCGACGCAAGUGUCUAUUCUUAGCAUUAUGAACUGCUCUGGCCGGGUUGUCAUUGGCCUGCUUUCCGACUUUAUCAGCACUCGCUUGAUGCGCCCCCGGUCGUACUGCUAUGUUCUAGCGGCGUCAGUUGUCCUGCUGUCCCAGCUAGUUGCAGCAAACACCGACUCCGUCGCGAAUUUGUGGAUUGCGACAGGCCUACUGGGGAUUGGAUACGGAGGCGCUGCCGCCAUAUCUCCCAUCGUAGCUAUCGAAUACUUUGGCUUGUCACAUUUCUCCGAGGCGUGCGGCUACAUCGCGUUAUCCCCUUUGAUUCUCGGCAAUGUAUUUUCCGUUGCAUUUGGGCGCAACCUCGAUGCGCACGGCAAGCCGGGGUCGGCGAUGCACAAUUUUGAUGAUUCCGCACCGAAAUGCGCCCAAGGGCGGCUGUGUUAUGUGAAUAGCUUGUAUAUGACCGCCGCGGCGUCGUUCGUUGGUGUGGGUGUGAUAACGUGGAUGGCAAGACGCGACAGGAAGAAGGCGCUGGCAUCGAGGAGGCGUCAAGAGGAAGCUGCGGUCUGGGGCAUCUAUAUAGACUAA